GACAGUAUUCAAACAAGGUUUCAAUGGCUGGUUCACUUUCGAAUGACAGCCAUGUCUGCUAGCGCCUAUACGGCUCUGAUGUCAAGCAAACGCAAGGUAAGUUUGCACCAAUAAAACUAAUCGUUUUGUUGUUUAUGUUGCAUAGAAGUAUUUCAACGCUUUUUUGUCCACGCACAUUGUUUCUGUAUUGCAAUCUGAUGUAAUUUUUAAGGCUUAAUACUUCUCAAGCUACAAAAGUUGAUUGCCCAUGUUUUCUGCCAAUAGAAUCUGAAGUACUAGGUAUACUACUAGAACAUGUGUUAAGCUUUUCAGGUUCUCAUUGAGACCGUAAGUUCUUAUGGUCAAGGUUGAAUCAUUGGCGCACCAAGUCAUCCAUAAUCCACAUCCUAAUAAAACUUACUCUACGUGAACACAACUAAAACUUGAUGGGGCUACUCUAUUCUCAAUUACAGGCUGUUUAGUGUACGAAUAAGAUUGUCUAUUAUUUUCACCAAGUGAUCCAUAAAAGCGCUGUUUAGGCUGACUACUACCUAUCUGUGUGGAAGCUUGUUCGAAGUGUUGACCAGUUUAUUUUGCAUUAUCAGAAUCCCGCUUUUUCAACUAAAAGCAUCACAUGGAAUUUCGACAUACAUAAGGCUAGUCGUUCAGCCUAGAGAAUAUGCAGCGUAGUACUGGUUAAUCUUAAGGUCCUCUGGGUUACAAAGUUCAAGAGCACUACUAUACAUGCAAAUGAUUAAAACUGGCUUUUAUAACACUUUGUAUAUCACACUAAUUUUUUCACUGACUUGUGUAACAGCGUGAUGAAGCUAAUGGAUUUAUAAUGAACGGAAAUGGUCAUGCUCCAAUGGAAACUGAUAAUAACGAAAAUAAAAAGUCAAGAAUUGAAUAUGUCGAAACUGUUCCAUCCAAAGUUGUUCAUAUUCGUAACAUGCCAGAUGAUGCUACGGAACAUGAAAUCGCUCUUCUUGGCAUCCCGUUCGGUCUGUUAGAAAACAUGGUGCUUUCUAAAAAAGCUAACCAGGCUCUGUUGGAAAUGCAAUGUCUGGAUAGUGCGAUGAUAAUGGUUACGUAUUAUCGCGAGUACCAAGUUACGCUAAGAGGACGUACUCUUGUCAUGCAGUAUUCUAAACACCAGCAUCUUGAGUUGCACUCAGAAAACAGCAGCAUAGGCAAUGCAAUUCAGAAUGCGAAUUGCAUUGUUCAACAGGAUCUCAGUGGUGCCAACUCUGGCAUGCCUACUACAGUCCUACGUGUCGUCGUUGAUAACAUAAUGGGACAACAGAUCAACCAUACUAUACUACACAAGAUAUUUUAUCGAUAUGGAAAAAUACUAAGAAUUGUUACGUAUCUAAAAAACAACCAGUACCACGGAUUAGUCGAGUUUGGUAAUCAUAUUCAUGCGUUUGUUGCGAUGCUACAUUUAAACGGUCAAAAUAUAUACACUGGAUGCUGUUCCCUGCGUGUUCAUUUUUCGAAAAAUCGUGGUCCGUUGGAAGUCCGUCAAGAAAGUGAUAGGUGCAGGGAUUAUCUCAAUAAUCCAUUAACUGAAGAAGAGUUAAUGUCUCUUCGAAGACCCACAGGUGGGAGUGAAAGACAUCAUAACAACCCUGGUCAAGUUUCCUCUAAUUUCCAAAAUUCAGUCGUACCGAAUAUAGGACACCAAGGUAUUCAUCUCCCAGUUGGAAUGAUUGCACCGCCAAAUACAAACAAUAUGGGCAUUAACGAACUAACUGCACAGCUGGCAGCAUUAGCUCAGCAGUCAGGAUUGGCUCUUACUCCUGCGGCGGCAGCUGCCACAGCAAGUUUCAUGGCUCUUACAUCUCAAAAUAGCGGCCCAGGUGCUCAGUCAAUGUCAGGAGCUCCAAAUUUAUCUGCCAUACUAGCGGCGCUUCAGGGUGGUGCUGUUCAGACCGGAGUGCUCCCUCAUAUGUCUGGCGGUAACGCAAGUGUUAUGGGAUCUGUUCAGUCACCUGUAUCUUCUCAUGUGACACCCGUUGGAGUUCGCCCCCCACCCAAUAACAAUGGAAGCACUGUCCUGAUAGUAUCAAAUUUAAACGAAGAUAGGGUUUAUCCGGAUGCUCUUUUUACACUUUUUGGUGUAUAUGGAGAUGUUACUCGCGUGAAAAUUAUGUUCAAUAAGAAAGAUACAGCUCUAAUUCAGUUUACCGAUCCUCAUCAAGCUCUUACAGCUCUACAAUUUCUCAAUGGUCAGCGCCUCUGGGAUAAACCGAUGAAAAUUGCAGUGUCUCGACACAAUAUUGUCCAACUACCCAAAGAAGAUACUGAAAAUGGCUUAACCAAAGAUUAUACUAACAGCCUGCUCCAUCGUUUUCGAAAGCCCAAUUCAAAAAAUUUCCAAAAUAUUUAUCCUCCAAGUCACGUCCUGCAUUUGAGUAACAUUCCGCCUUCGGUAACCGAAAACGACAUACGUGUAUUAUUUGCAACAAAAGGAUUUGAAGUUACUGGAUUUCGAUUUAUGAAAGAUAACAAAAUGGCACUCGUGCAGUUAGAAACAGUUGAUUUGGCUAUUCAAUCUCUUAUCGAAUUGCACAACAGCCAGUUAACAGAAAAUUCCCACUUACGGAUCAGCUUUAGUAAAUCCGCCGUUUGAAAUAUUUUUUUCUACAAUAUUGCACGUCGUAAUGCUGAUAACUGUCAAUCAGAAAAUAAUAUUGCACUGUGUCCCUGCUUUUCCAGCUCAACUUUUUUUGAAGGUUUGAUUUUAUCUUCUCAGCUGUCAUGUUGACGUUAUCAUAUUGAUAUUCAUCAAGAAAUGUUUUUAACGGUACCAUA